AUGUAUGGUAAUGCCACUCCGUUCAGUCAACGUGUAUCACCCUUGAUAAAUAGAUGCUCUGCUAAGGCUCGCAGCAAAGCCGAGCUUGGUGAAGCUUCACCGAGUGCCAAGCCUACAAACUAUACUGUAUGCUCUCCCGCUGCAAUCACGGGCAUGUCCUUACAAUCCUACCAUGUAGUCUUUACCCAGGCUAGCCCAUUCCAGGUCGACACUAUACAUCUUCUCCCUGGUACUCCAGAGCCGAAGGGGAAGGUCGCAAGCUCGCGCCGGGUCCGCACCAAUUGCAUGGCCAGGCCCUUCACAGGCGGCAUGCAGCGCGGCCACGCCCAGAGCGGGUGUGCUGUAGUCAUUCGUACGUCCGCGGCAUAG